AUGUCCAAACCAAUUUUUUUUAAACCCGAAUUUUAUAGUGGCGAACCAGACGAAUGUGUCAACGAAUUUAUUGAAAAUUAUAAUUUGAUAUCUGUGGCUAAUGAGUGGUCUGAUGAUAAAAAAAUAAUAAAAUUAAAAUUAACCGAAACAGUUUCGCAAUUUCUAGCGGAUUUUCAAUUAUUAGCCCAUAAAGUUAACCCUAAAAUGAUGGACAAGGAAAAAAUUGAUUUAAUAUUGGAAGCGCUCCCACCCGAUUUGUAUAACCCAGUCGCAUUAAUGAAUAAUAAUACACUCUCGGACUUACAAAAAAAUUUGCGUAAGGUAGAACCAGCAAGAGCAACGGUAAAUGAACGAAAUAACACUCAUAAUUUUGAUGCUCUUAAAGCAGAAAUAGAAUCUUUAAAUCAAAAACUGCAUUAUAAACCAAAUAAUAAUAUGAAUAAUCAUAAUCAAUCAAAUCACUUAACCGAAAACACCAACCAAGGCUCUUACUCGGGUCAAAAUAAUGAUCUAUCGAAUAAAAAAACAUUUAAUAAUCAAAAAAACAUGUAA